AUGAAGGAAACGGUGCUGUUGAACAAGCAGUGCAUGGAGUCAGACAACAAGCAGGAGCAAGGAGGCGCUCCACCUGGAAAGAUCAUUUUCGGUUGUGACCACCCCAUUUACGCGUGGUCUCUACCGCAUGCGGCAUGGUGCUACAACAGAUACCGAGUUGUGAAUGGUUUGACCGCCUAUGAGGCGUGCGCUGACAGACAGUAUUCAGGCAAGAUUGCCACCUAUGCAGAGAUGGUCUACGGUUUCCUGAAGACAGCGGCCAAGGCAGGCCCUCAAUGGCGCCAAGGAGUAUGGCUUGGCAAGACAAUGCAGGGAGAUGUGCAUGUGAUUGCAGUCCCCUCAGGAGAUGGAUGUGGCAUUUUUACCACUCGUUCGGUUCGGAGAAUGCCCCGACCUUGGAGUUUGGAUUUUGUGAGCAAUGUUGAGUCGAUGCCUUGGGACUUCGGAUAUGCAGCCCUAGGAUCCAAGCUGAUUUUGGCAAAGAGGAUUUUGCCACCACAGGCAGUGCCAGUCGAGCUCCCCAUUGAUUUUCCUUUUGCUUUGCAACAGCAGGCCCCAGCUACCCCGGACGAGGCAGCUGAGGACCCACCGGACACCCCGGUUGUUGCAGAUGAUGCUCCAACCACGCCAGGCUUGCCCGCGCGUAGUGGGAAUGACUUGCAGGCGGGGAUGAUGCCUCCUCCGCCAAGUGCAGCAGUGGCAGGUCCCGCUUCACCACGGGGACCAGGCCCACCUGUGCCAGCCAAUCCGGCAUCAGGCUCAGGCGGCCCACAGCCAGCCACACCAGCUUUGAGUGCUGACGAAGCCGCUCGUAGAGGCUUGACGGCAGAGCUGGAUGAGGGUGGCAGUCCAAGAAAGCAGAUUCGAAUUCAGGCAGUUCAAGAUGAACGCAAUUCCGUUUUCAUUGGCAGUGAUGAGUAUUUCCAUGAAGAUGAGUCCUUUCAGUUUUGUUUUGACCAGCAUGAAUCUGAAUAUCUUGAGGAUUACGAUGAUGAUCUUCGAGAUGGAUCAGAGGCCAACCAACAGGCAGAUCCAGAUUUGACAGCCGCGAAGGAACAGCUGAUUUUCCCAGACACAGGCCAUGGUGAGCCACAACUUGAUGCAGCCAGGCUGCAGGAGCUGGACGCGCUUGCAGACAGAAUUGAAAUUGAGAGGCUCAUCGGUCUUGGAGUCCUUUUGCCUCCAGAUGAUUUGUUGAGCGAUUCGCAGGAACCACCAAAGACGCUCAGCACUCGGUUUGUGCGAACGUGGCGAGAGAAGACGGUGGAAGGACGCAAGGUGCAUUUGCGACGUUCGAGGUAUGUCGCAAGAGAGUUUGCAUGGCAGGAGGAGCGGCAAGAUCUGUAUAGCCCUGCAAGCUCGAAUGUCACUAGCAGACUGUUUCCAACACUGUUCUUGAUGCUUCGCUCGCAAGGUUUUGUUCUUUCCGCCUUGGAUGUGGCGGACGCGUUCUUGACGGAGGCAGGUGACGAGAUCAGUUUUCUCAAGCGCAAGCAUUUGCUCACUGUUGAAGGCAACAUUUUGAUGACGCCGCACGUGAAGCACUUCGACAA